AUAAGGACUUGGCGCUUGUCCGCGUAAUCCAAAUACGGAUGAUACAGUGUUAUCUCUUAUUAUUUUAAUGUGUAAAAAUUGUUAAGGAGUUCACGAAACGUAAAUGAUUGUUAACAAUAAACUAAUAUUUUUACAUUAAGUAAUGAUGCUUACAACAAAAAUAUUGAGAAACUUCCCAUUCACUAAGAAUAUUGAAUUUCAUCAUCCAUCAAAUGUUGUUGGUUCAAGGAAUUUUUAUAAAUGGUUAAUAAUCAUGUUCAAUGGAGUUAAUAAAAAAAGAGUUGAUGAGGUAGGACCUGAUCGUGCUUGUGCUGAAUGGCUGCUAAAAAAUGGAGCUAGUAUCAAGUGGCUAGGUUGUGCUGACUACCUAAGGGAUUAUAAUUCGUUGCCAAAAGAAGAUGUGAAUGUGAAGCUAUGUAUUGAAGCAGUUGAUGCUACCGAUUCAGCAAUUCAUCACAUUGGAUUCCAGCACUUCAGUGGUUGCAAACAUGUUGAAAAAAUAAAGCUGGUGAGGUGUUCCUACAUUGAAAAUGAGGCUUUGUCUCUUCUAUCCAUCAUCAAAGAUUCACUGAUACAUUUAGAAGUGGUGGAAUGUAAAAAUAUAACUGAUGAGGCACUAGCUGACUUGAAAAAUCUGACACACUUGAAAACUCUAAAACUAGGUGGUAUGCCUUAUGUUAAAGACAAAUCUCGGAUCUUACAAGAAUUGACUGCUGCCUUACCAAAUUGUAAAAUAAUUUAUAUGUAAAUGCUUUUGCAACAAUAUUCUUUAUAUUUAA